AUGGGUGGUCUAAUAAUAGAAUCAAUUUAUACGUCUGGUACCAGACUAGGCGUCUCAAUUGGUGCAAAAAGAAGAGGUGGCUACCACCACUUCCAUGCGGCUUCUCAUGGGGUGACCGAAAAAGAUGGGAUAAACUAUCGAAGUCAUGGAGCCUGGGAUAUAGCUCAUGGAGAUCCCUUUUCUCCUCAUGUGACCGCAGCUUCGUAUGCAGCAGUGUUGUUUCUGAACAAAAUGAGGAAGACCCCACUUAUUAUCCUCCGGACUAUUAUGGUGCUAGAAUGACUGCUGUUGAGAGUUCUCAGCUCUCAGUGCUUCCAGACUGAAUUGGAGAUUGCUACAAACCUGCAUUGCUAGCCAUUGUUAGUAGUUAGUGAAAACAGUCCUAGCUAGGUUUUUAGUUAGAUAGUGAAGAUAAGAACUGACUGUAGUGCAGAGUAGUGAUGUCAAUUUAGCACUUAGCCAUAAUAUUAUAUAGCACACCAGUGGAACAUAAUAUAGCUAUAUACCAGCGGAGAAUCAUUUCAUUCUCCACUGGUGUGUGUUGAAAUGAGAUGGAAAAACAUCACAUAAGGAUGGCCCACAAUAAUUAUAUUCAUAGCCC